UGUCUCCAGUUUCGCACGAGUGCUUGUCUUCUAUCCAAGGAAUUCAUAAAAGGUAUAUUCACAGUAAACUUAACAUCUGUGCAUGUAGUUUCGGAUAUGGUUGUCACGCUUUGAUUUUGAACAAAAAUAAUUUUUCAGUUUGAGGGGUAUUUGCGUCAGUCUGCAUGGCGGAUGAUCCCUCUAUAUAUUUCUAUGGAUCUCCUAAAAAUUAAUACAUCAGCAAGCAGUCCUUUCCUGUUGUUAAUUAGCAUGAGUGCACCAGAAAACAAUGGCGCUGAUGAGCCUGGUCCUGGAAGAAAACAAUCUUCAACCCUGAAGCUAUUCGGUUUUCCUGUUGCUGCUGCCUAUGACAAAGAGCCUGUAAUUGUUCCAGGUAGUGCUGAUUACAAGAGAUUUGAGUGCCAAUUUUGUCACAGAGGGUUUCCCAAUUCUCAAGCUCUAGGGGGCCAUCAGAAUGCGCAUAAAAGAGAACGACGAGCAAAACAGGCCUCGUCUUUCAAUGUUCAUCAUCAUCAACAACAACAACGGUUCAUGACGACUGGCCCUCUUAUCACGGCGCAUUCAGCUCGAUCAAAGCGGUUGAUUUAUGCAAGAGGGUCCACAAGCGUGACCACAACUGAUGCAGUUCGGCUUCGGGGUGUCUCAGCACCAUCUUUGCCAAUGCUACCUCUCAGGGGUCCUUGUCCCUCCCGUGUUGGCGGGGGGUCGCAACAAGGUAAUGGACCUUUUCAAGUACAAACUCAUGAAGUUGGCUUGGGCUCAACAUCGGAUUCAUCAGUAGCAACACAAGUAAACGAAGAAGAUAAUAUUGAUCUCCAUUUGCGGCUGGCAACAUCCACCACUACUUCGAGAUGAGCCACUGGUCCCUAGUAGAUUGAGAACAUAUCUUGACUUUGAAUUUUAGUCCUGGUUAGAGUCUGUUUACAAGCAAAAAAUGUGGGUGUACGUGAUUCUAGUUUGUCCAAUUUUCGACUUCUACUCCAAAGGGGAUUGAUCUAACUGGCCAUUAAUUUUCUUCUUCACAGUUCAAUUAAUUGGUUAAUUAACUGGCAAGUGAUCUGUUUCUCUUGAGCCAAGAUUUUGAACAUCUUUUUCAUUUUUUGGGUGGAAAGGAACUGUCCUUGAAUCAGAGGGGCUUAAGUAACAGAAAUACAGUUGAAGAGUAACUAUACAGGUUUCAAAAUCCAUGGUAUGCUCCAAGCCUCCAAACAUGGAAACAUUUCUGAAAGAAAAACAAAUGAAAAUCUAGAAAUGC